AUGUCACCCAGCGGGGCCGGGGCAGGGCGGCCGCGGCCCUUCCUCCCUCCCCGAGAGGAGACGGGGUUCCCCUCCGCGCCCGCGGAGCCCCGCGCACCCGCCUGCCGCACGCACGGCUGUGAAGAACAGGCUUAUUCGUUGCAGCUUUUCUCUGCCUUUUCAAGAACUUCCCAACACCGUAAAACGUGGCUGGAGGAGGCCGACUCCUCCACCGGCAGCCCCACCAGCAUCGACAAGAUCGCGGCGCAGGGGAGGAAGAGGAAGAAGCGGACCUCCAUCGAGGUGAGUGUCAAGGGCGGGCUGGAAACGCACUUUCUCAAGUGUCCCAAGCCGGCCGCCCAGGAGAUCUCCUCGCUGGCAGACAGCCUGCAGCUGGAGAAGGAGGUGGUGCGGGUCUGGUUCUGCAACCGGCGGCAGAAGGAGAAGCGCAUGACCCCGCCGGGGGAGCAGCCGCAGCACGAAGUCUACUCCCACGGCGUGAAAACGGACACGGCCUGCCACGACCUCUGACCGGGGGCCGGGGGGGGCAGGCAGGACUGCGGGCAGCGCGGAGUUUUUAUCCGCCGGGGCUUUAACUUAUGGUUUCCGAGAGGCGGGAGAGCGCGGAGCGGUGCGGGGGCUCGCCGCUCGCCGCCUGGGCAAUAUAUUAUUAUUUUUUUUUUUUUUUCCUCUCUCUCUCCGACUUUUC